AUGCGUUUGGAUGACGCGCGCGCAACAGGAGCGACUCCAACCUGCGCGUUUCUCCAUCUCAGACCUGAUGCUUUACGCGCUCUGUUCGCUUCACCUGGCACUCACAAUACCUGCUUUCUCCAUGCUUCAGCAAUGAAUUUUUCAAACAACGAAAGCGACCCUUUUGGUCGGAACGAGGAGGUGGCCAAGCUGGAGAUCACGGUGCUGAGCGUGACCUUCGCCGUGGCCGUCGCGGGAAACCUCAGCGUCCUGGCAGCGAUAUGCAAGACGAAAAAGAAGCCGUCGCGCAUGCACCUCUUCAUCAAGCACCUGAGCCUGGCAGACCUGGUAGUGGCCUUUUUUCAAGUGUUACCGCAGCUGUGUUGGGAGAUCACGUUCCGCUUCUACGGUCCUGACUUUCUGUGCCGGAUCGUGAAGCACCUCCAGGUGAUGGGUAUGUUUGCGUCCACUUACAUGAUGGUGAUGAUGACGGUGGACCGCUACAUCGCUAUAUGCCACCCAUUGAAGACCCUGCAGGUGCCCACACGCCGGUCCUACGUCAUGAUCGCCAGCACGUGGCUGGGCAGCCUUGCGCUCAGCACCCCACAGUACUUUAUCUUCUCCCUCAGCGAGAUCCGUAAUGGCUCGGACGUCUACGACUGUUGGGGCCACUUCAUCGAGCCGUGGGGCAUCCGUGCCUACAUCACCUGGAUCACAGUGGGCAUCUUCCUCGUGCCCGUCGUUGUGCUGAUCAUAUGUUACAGCUUCAUAUGUCACAGCAUCUGGAGGAACAUCAGGUGCAAGACCAGAAAUAGGGCAUGUAAACACGGGCUAACAGGGAACAGCUCUGUGAGCAGUGUGACCACUAUAUCUAGAGCCAAACUCAGGAGCGUCAAAAUGACAUUUGUCAUCGUUCUGGCUUAUAUAGUCUGCUGGGCGCCGUUUUUCACCGUGCAGAUGUGGUCUGUUUGGGAUAAAAACUUCCUCUGGGAUGAUUCGGAGAACACGGCCGUGACGCUCUCAGCCUUGCUGGCGAGCUUGAACAGCUGCUGUAACCCCUGGAUCUAUAUGAUCUUCAGUGGACAUCUCCUUCGGGAUUUUACACACUGCUUCCUUUGCCGUCAGAAAACGCAAAGAAAUGACAAGAAACAUGAUUCAGACAGCAGCAUAAGGAAGACCAUUCUACUCACCAGGAUCCCCAAUCGGAGCUCCAUAUGUGGUUUAAAUGACCUUGAGCAUCCCUUGAAAUCUACUCAGCUGGAGACGUGA